CUCCCACUCCCAUCAUCGAACAUGGCGACUCCACCGGCGAUAAUCGCAACCAUACAGAAGAAAGUGUGGGCGGGCAGUUUACCGCUAGAAAUCCGACUGGCGAGUGCAGACUGCAGAACCUACGACGAAACAGAUCCCUAUCUGGUAUGUUUUGUUUUCCUCAUACCAUCAACGUUGAAUGGAAAACUGAUCAUGCACAAUCAAAAACCGCAUCUCCUGACUGCAUUCACANNGAUAAACCUGCCCCGCCUAUCCUACCUGGCCUCUCUACUUCCCCGUCUACACGCCUUCUUCACUCCUCAUCUCAUCGACCCCUCCAUCCCCUUCCAAAACGCCUGGUUGUCGUUCGAAAACGUGGCGCUAAAGUACCAUUACCCCAUCGGUUUGCUCCAUGACUUGUUUUCUGGCGCUGCACCUUCCAAUCCCGAGGAUGACGGCACUGAAGAACCAGAAUCACUGCCUUGGAGACUGGUUUUACGGUAUUCAGAGUUUCCGGAUGAGCAGUUGAUGGGCUUGGAUGCGGAGGGCAAGGUAUUGAGGGAUUGUUAUGUUAAUGGGGUCAAAGAGGUGAAUGUGAUUCGCAAUGGCAAGGGAAAUGUGUAUAUGGGGUUGAGCAAUGAUGACUCUGAUAUUCUGUGGCAAGCAGUGCAGGAGCAUGACCUUGUCAAAUUCAACACGAUAAACAAUAAACUGCUCAAUCCACCAGGCACACCUUUGCGCAACAUCCCGAUCAAAAUUUACCUCCCUACAACGGCACCGACAUCGAGCUCUGGCGAGGAGACACAAACAGUGCAAGCUAGUAUAAGGACAGUGCAAGGUCUUGUUGCUCUCUCUUCUGCAACGCGUAAGUUUAUUCCUCUCUUCUCCUGCAAAGUCUGUGCUUUCUAUAUGCUGAUUGCGAUGGCAUAA